AUGACUGCAAUCUUUAAGCCGCACGUAGAAUGCCAAAGUCCGAGGACGGUCUUGGUUGAAGGAGACCCUGGCAUGGGUAAAAGCACGUACUGUCAAAAGCUUGCGUAUGAUUGGGCAACUAAGCAGAAGGAUUUCAACCCGUCUUUUCCAGACAUUGACGUGCUACUUCUUCUUAAAUGUCAUGAAAUAAGAUCUGACAUCUGGGAAGCUAUCGAUGAUCAAAUUCUUCCCGUGGAAAUUGAAGAUGGAGCUAAAGAAUGUUUCUUCAGAUUCAUUCGUGAAAAUCAGGAAAAGGUCUUAUUAGUACUCGAUGGAUUAGAUGAAAUGGAAUCCGGUGAACUAAAGAAAAUCUCUGCACUUUUUGAGGGUAAAGAACUCUCUUGUUGUCACAUUGUACUCACAGCUCGUCAUGAAGUGGGAAGGAAACUGAGGAGAUACUGUGACACUCUGUGGGAAAUUGUAGGGUUCACCAGGAGAGACGCAAAGAAAUUUAUUCGUACGUACUUCAGAAGCAUCAAAAAGGAGUACUUAACUGAGAAUCUGUUGAAAACGAUUUGGGGAGCGGGUGGGCGGAAAGACUUAUAUGAAUUGACAAAAAAUCCCCUAAACGUAACUUUACUCUGUAUUCUUUGUGAAGAUUUCGCCGGUGUUUUUCCAGCGAGCAGGACUCAAUUGUACAUUGAGAUUGUCCUGUGUGUUUUAAGACGAUAUGAAAGGAAGCAGGGAUUAUCAAGCAAGAAUGAGAACCUAGUGAGCGUCUACAAGGAAGAUUUAAUGCAUCUUGGACGACUAGCGUUACAGUCUCUUCGAAAAGGAGAGUUGUGUUUUGAAGAACAUGAAUUUUCCGAUAACUUCAUUGUCUUAUCGAAGUUUGGAUUUCUUUCAGUCCACUCAAGUAGCAGUAAGAGGAUAGCUCGUGUGCGUUAUUCAUUUCUCCACAAAAGCUUUCAGGAGUUCUUUUCUGGAUUCUAUCUUGCUUGCCAAAUUCUUGACGGAAAUUUGACCUGUGAUUCUAUUGCAACUGACCAGGGAUUUCAGGAUGAACUGGAGCAAGUCCUUUUAUUUAUGUUUGGAUUUAUAACCUCGACGGAAACAGCGGAGUCUCUCGUGAAAAGUAUGGCUGCAAAUAUUAAUUUUGUAGGAGGCACGUCUGAUCGAGAUAUUUCGGGACGUUUUUUAUUAGCUUUAGGCUGCAUUGUGGAGUGCCCAGGAGGAAGCUCCACUGUGGAGUGCCCAAGCUUAGCUCAUACCUUGGGACUACACCUUUACUUAACCAGUUUGAAUGUGUUUGGGAAAAGGAUUACUGCCUCUGACGCUGCUUGUCUUUCCCAGGCUAUCGCAUCCAACUCCUCCUUAACUAAUUUGAAUUUGUGGCGUAGCAACGUUGGUCCUUCAGGUGCUGCUUCUCUCUCCCAGGCUCUUUCAAUCAACUCGUCUAUAACAAAUUUGAAUUUGGGUUUGAACGACAUUGGUCCUUCAGGCGCUGCUUCCCUUUGCAAAGCUCUUUUAGGCAACUCCUCCUUAACCAACUUGGAUUUG